GCCUGGGGAAGUUUCGUCUCCUUCCCGCUUCCUCCGCGCUUUACGCGCUGCCGAUGGAGGAGCCGGCGCGUCCGGCUUGAGCUCGCCUUCUGGAAGGGGCGGCCCGGACGGCUGAGAGGCGGCAGCACAGGCGCCUACCGUCUCGCAGCCCAGCAUGGUUGAGUAUAUUGUUGAGUAUGACUACGAUGCAGUACAUGAUGAUGAGCUAACCAUUCGAGUUGGUGAAAUCAUAAGGAAUGUGAAAAAACCAGAAGAGGAAGGAUGGCUAGAAGGAGAGCUGAAUGGGAAAAGGGGCAUGUUUCCUGACAACUUUGUUAAGGAAGUUAAGAGAGAAACAGAAUCUAAAGAGGAUGGCUUGCCAAUCAAGAGGGAAAGGCACGGAAAUGUAGCUAACCUUGUACAGAGAAUGAGCACUUACGGGCUUCCAGCAGGAGUGUUUCAGCCUCAUUCCCAGAGUAAAGUCUUCAGGAAAAGAUCAAAAAAACGCCAGUGUAAAGUUUUGUUUGAGUAUAUUCCUCAGAAUGAAGAUGAGUUACAGCUGAAACAAGGGGAUAUUAUAGACAUUAAUGAAGAGGUGGAAGAAGGCUGGUGGAACGGAACACUAAAUGGCAAAUCAGGCCUAUUUCCUUCUAACUUUGUAAAAGAGCUAGAGGGAAUAGAUGAAGGAGAAACCCAAGAAGGCCUGGAUGAUGCAGAGCCUGUUUUCACAGGCUCAUUCUCACCCGUGACUUCACCAGGGAAUGGUAAUGAACUGAUAGCACAGCCAAAGAAAAUCCGAGGAGUUGGGUUUGGAGAUAUUUUUAAAGAAGGCUCAGUGAAGCUUAAGACGAGAUUGCACAGCAGCGACUCAGAAGAGAAGAAGCAAGAUAAGCUAUUAGCUACUCAACCAUCUGGAUUAAAAGUAACCCAGUUGCCGGGCAUAACAAAAUUGGAAAUGGCAACAGAGGUAGCAAAAGGAGAAACUGAGAGCAAACAGAAAGCUAAGGAUUAUUGCAAGACCUUGUAUGUUUAUGAAGGUACCAAUAAUGAUGAACUUAGCUUUAAAGAAGGUGAUAUUAUUCAAAUACUCAGCAAGGACACUGGAGAGGAAGGCUGGUGGAAGGGUGAACUUAAUGGUAAAGAAGGAGUUUUUCCAGAAAACUUUGCAGUUCAGAUUCUUGAAUCUGAUAAAGAUUUUCCUAAGCCAAAGAAACCGCCACCUCCUGCAAAAGGUCCAGGUUCAAAACCAGAGCUUUCGUCUCUGGAGAAGUUUCCUAUUCCUAAGAAUGAAGAAAAGGAUGACAAAGCAGUGUUGGAUCAGAAGACUUCUAAGCCAGUGGCCCCUCAAGUACCACCCAAAAAACCUGUCCCACCAAACAAGGCUAAUAGCAUAUUGAGAGCUGGAAAUUUGCAUCCGAAAUGGCCAGAUAAACCAGUACCUAAGACAAAUGGGGAAGUUGUGUCUCAUCGACUGAAAGCGGAAAAUGAGCCCACAGCAAAACCAAAGUUAGAUUCUGAGCAGUUACCAUGCAGACCAAAAUCAGUAGAGAUAGAUUCAUUUGCAGUAAAGAGCUUAAAAGCAACAGACCUUUUAAGUUUUGAUGAUGUAAUAUCUACCUCAGAUAAUUUAUCGCAUCCCACAGCAAAUAGGCCAAAGAUGCCUGGCAGGAGGCUUCCUGCUCGCUUCAAUGGCAAUAAUUCUUCUACUCCAACUCUGAGUAUACAGAAGAGUGUGAUGGUCCAUAAAGAGGAGGAGGGAAGUGCCAGACUAAAACCAUCUGAGGUUAGAAAGCCAUCUAUAUUUACUUCACCAGUUCUGUCUUCAUCACCAAAACCAAGUUCCGUUGUACUAAAUACAGUUGCUGGGGAAAUGAAACUUAAACACGAAACAGAUGAAGGAGGAAAGCCUUCUGUGGAAGAGCUGCGAUCUCAGAUAUUUGACCUGCUAUCUGUUGUGGAAACAAUGAAAAAAGAGCAUGGGAAAGAACUGGAAAAAUUGAAGAAAGACUUGGAGGAAGAGAAGCAGAUGCGUAGCAACCUAGAGGUGGAAAUAGAAAAGCUCAAGAAAGCUGUCAUUACUACAUAAAAGAGCCAUAGUUUGUGUGUCCUUAUCAUGCCAGGAAUUCAAAGUUUAAAAAACAAAUGAAGUUGACUUUUUUUAGUUCAAACCAAUGGUUGGUAGUAUUUCAUUUUUUAAAAGAAUAAAUGACCAUACUCUUACAUUCAGUGAGCUAAAAGAAGAAAACUUUUGUGUUUCUUGCCAAUAUAGGAGAGGCCUUAUUUCUUAUUGUGCUGGAAUAGCAGACCUUUGUUUUGUUGGUUUGCUUUCAAAUACUACUGAAUCUGUAUAAAGAAGAGAUCAUAAUAGAUUUUUAUUGAUUAUCUAGAGUCUAAUUUUUAAGAGAUCUGUACUAUAAACAAGGCAAUAUAUCUUUGCAAAGUAUAGGGAGGCACAUGAUGUAGCCUUGUAGCCAUUAGAGUCACUACUUUUCCCACCAUGCUAAAUGGAAUAUAAUGUUUGUAUAUUUUUUUAAAAAUCACAUUCCUAUCCAGGUUACACUGUUGUGCCUGUCUGCAGUGAGAGUAUUAAUAACAUACUGUUUUAUAGUUAAGGAUGAUACUAAGAGUUUCACCAGUCCUUCGCUGAGCAACAUAUUAAUUAUUCCUUUCACUGAGAAGAGUAUUGUGUCACUUGCACUAUAGGAGUCAUAAAAGGGAUUAUGAUUGGACCAUGAAAAAACCCACACUGAGAUACAUAAAACAACAGAAAAUCUGAGGCUGAAAUAACUUUUAAUUCAAUCCAUUGUGCCUAAAUUUUGUAGAACAUCACAUGACAUGGUAUACUUAGAGCACUGCAUUUUUGUGCUUUCGCAAAUUUUAAUCUAACACUCUGGUGUCUUCAGCUUUAAAGAUGUUUAGCACUAAUCAUAAUGACAGAAGUAAAACUUUUGUAUGACAAUGAAAUGUUUGGCGCUAAUGGAAUAUACUACCCACAGGGUUGUUGCAGUACUUCAUAAGAUACAUAUGGAGGCCUAGCUAAAUGCUUUACUCUUCAUAUACACCAUUGUACUACAAUAUGUUAUUGAAAUGAGUUAAUUUAGUCUAAAACAAAGGAGUUCAUUUGGACUCCUUGUGUUUAAUUCAUUUCCCUCUCCUCAAUUUUUCCUGUGAAGGAGAAAAACUGAAAACAUACAGUGCUUAGUAGCACUGUUUUGAAUCCAAAGCUAAAAAUACAAAAUUCAUUACUAUGCUAAGCCAUUAUGGAAAAAUGCAAUCUUUCCAGAGGUUGUGUUUACUUUAACCAGAGUGAAGUAAAUUCUAACCCUUUCGGCUUCAGUGAGAAGACUUGAUUCUCAUCUCCUGCCCUUCUUAAAUAAGCAGAACUUUGAUGGCACUUGGGUUUUAUCUUAAUUCGAAGAAAAAAAAAAACUGGUGCUUGUUUUCAAGUGCUGAGAUCAGAUUUUUACUUGCAGCUAUAUCAAUUGUGGAUUAAAAUGUGGAAAUAAAAACAAAGGUGUAUAAAGUCAUUAUAUUUGUUUGCUUACUAUAUUGGUGCAUAACUAAUGACCAAUUUUUACAGAGACAGUUGCUAAAUGAGUGAAUUUUAUUGCCAGAUAAUAUUUUUAGUAAGCUGAAUAAGUAAUAUGUCGCAGAUUACUAAAUUAUUGGCCAGAGAGAUCACUUUUUAUAAACUAAUCUGAUACUAAUUGAUAGUAGACACUGGUCACAAAAUUUGGCUCAUUAUGCAGACCUGUGACUUGUGUUUGCCACUGACCCCUCCCUUCCCCAUUCCCCUGGCAUAUGGAGAGCAUUCAGGAUAGGGGAGCAUGUUUGCUGGUGAGUUGGUCUUCUGCAAAAGAUGCAAACAGCAUGCUGCUGCUGCUCCUUCCUGCAAAAGCCCGAGGAGAGAGAAACCACUGGCACCUGCUUUUUUCCACAGGUGUAGAGAAAACUUCCAUCCCACAAGCUGAACUUUUGUAAAUGGCACCAAAGUCUGCUGCUGCUGCUGCCUCCUGCAAAAUCCCAGCACCACCCCUUCCAUCCCCACCUUUCCAAAUCACAGCAGCAAAAAUAAGUGGCGAUUCUUUUACUGCUCUUGGAAUUCUGCAGAGGGUAGUGGCAGCAAAGGCAUUUUUCUGAAAAAGCACAUUUUCCGGGAUGGAAGCCACCUCUCUCUUUUUUUUCUGCAUUAUUCAUAGGGGGAAAGGAAAGGCUAUUUUCUCCCACCAUAAGGGUAAUGUUUACAUAAAAGUGUCAGCCGUGCCUUCUUCUGGAAAGAAAACAAAGCAGAAAAAAAGCAAGAGGGAUAGGCAAUAAAGAAAGGGGUCCCCCUCUUUCCAUUAGAUUUUUGCAAGCAGCAGCAAUGAGGCAUAGGUGGGACUUUCUGGGAAAUUGCCAACUUGAAGCAAAACCAUGUUAUCUUUCCUCCCACUUCCUGGAAGAAGCUGUAUAGUUUCUCCUUUUCUCCUCUGCCCCAAUUGCAAGUUGGCCUUUUGGAGAGAAAGCAACAACACCUGCCUCCUGCAAAAAUUGAGCAGAAAUGAGAGACACUCUCAUGGAAAAGAAAGGUGCGUAGAUUCUCUAGUGGCCUUACGGCAAUCACUCCACUUCUGAUGCUUUAAAAAAAAAAAUUACAAAAAUCCACCAUUUUUAAAUUCCUCCCAGGGGACAUGCUUUUCCAUCAGCAGGGCCCUAGGUAGAUACAUAAAUACCCAUCAACUGGUCACCUAUUGUGAAAAGGUGAAUUGAUAUUUUGAACCCUAGUUCAGCUUCCCCUUAACUACAAAUUAAGCUUCAGUAUGUACUACCUUGGAAGAAUGUCCAAGAAAAGAUCUCUCCUCUAUUAACAGAUCAUUAAAAUUUUAUUCUGAUUAUGCAAAAAAGAAUUGAGCCUCAUGAAGAGAGUUCCUGUAUGUGUUCUUCACUA